UGGCGGAGGCGCGGCAUGGCGGACGCGGGCGGCUCGUGGCGGCCGCCGCGGCCGUGCGAGGACUACUGGGGGGAGUGGAAGCACUGCCGCGGGCUGCGCCACGCCUUCCACCACUACUACGCGCACGGGGAGCUGCCGGCCUGCGGGCGCUGGCGGGAGGACUACGAGGCCUGCCGCGCCUGGGAGCGGCACCGCGCCGCCGCCGCGCAGGAAGCUUUGUGCAAGAGUGAAAGAGCUCGAGUUAUGGAAAGCCAGAAGUAUGCUCCAGUGUGGACACUCAGGAAGAGCCCCCCACCAGACUGGUAUCUACCCCUCGACCAGGACAAACCAAAUUAGGAAGACUGUUUGCUGUGUUUAGUCAGUAACUUAAUACAUAAUUCAGACCUGUGCUGCCUUUUUUUCUUCCAUGUCAUCUUGAAGUUAUACGACUGUAGCUCUGCCCUGCUGUACUUGAGCACUCAUUCAAAAGUACUGAGAGUUUAUUUAAACGCUGAGUAUUUUUUAAAGGGAGACUUGAGGUGCCUAAUUUGUCUCUGGUCUUGUAUUCCUCUUACACUUUAGGAUUUUGUCUCAGCAACUCAGCAGACAACUCCCAAAUUAAUGCACACGUGAUCCAGCUCUUCUUGCUAGAUGAGGCCUCUUCCCCUUCCUGCUGGUGGUGUGCACUUUUGGAACAAGGUACCCACCCCAGGCCUGCAAGAUGGG